AUGCUGAAGCAACGCCCGCUGUUGCUUUCCGGACCCAUGAAAAUCCUGUUGAGCAAUCCACGCUUGCUGGACUUCUCCGUCAAACGUGCGGAGAUUCGGACACGAAUCAAGAAACUUCGCGAACGCCUAGGACAUAAUCGUCCAGAGGCGCGAACGUUACACAUUAGGCGUGAUCGAAUACUCGAAGACUCGUUUAGACAACUCAACAGCCGGAGUAUCGAAGAAAUUCGAGGCAAAAUCAGCAUCGUUUUCGUGGGCGAAGAAGGCAUGGACGGUGGCGGUUUGAUAAAGGAGUGGUUCACCAUCUUGGCACGAGAAGUUUUCAAUCCAAACAUCGCUCUCUUCGAGUUGUCUCACGACAAGGGAUGCUAUCAGCCGAAUCAAAACAGUGUGGUCCAUCCGGAUUAUCUCAGCUAUUUUAGAUUCGUCGGUAGACUCGUCGGUAAGGCUUUGUUCGACGACAUUCUCCUCAACGCAUACUUCACGCGUCCGAUUUACAAGCACCUUCUCGGUCAGCAGCUCACAUACGAAGACAUGGAAGGUGUAGAUCCAGAUUAUUACAAGAGCUUGAAAUGGAUGCUGGAGAACUCUGUGGAGGGUGUCAUGGAAUACACAUUCAGCGACACAACGUCUUAUUUUGGUGAAACUCAAGUUCACGAUUUGACCGAAAACGGACGAAAUAUCGCAGUGACAGAUGCAAACAAGUUUGAAUACGUCAACCUGAUAACCGCGCACCGAAUGACGAAUGCGGUGAAGGACCAACUCGCUGCUCUCGUGAAGGGGUUUGAAGAAGUUGUCCCUAGAGAAACGAUUUCCAUCCUGAAUGCGUCUGAAUUGGAACUGCUCAUAAGUGGUACCCCGGACAUCGACGUCGAGGAUUUACGCGCCAAUACUGAAUACACCGGCUUCACCGUCGGGUCAAAACAAAUUCAAUGGUUUUGGGACGUCGUGAGGGAAAUGAACAAGGAAGACUUGGCGCGCUUAUUGAUGUUUUGUACCGGUACCUCUAAGGUUCCUUUGGAUGGAUUCGGUGCUUUGCAAGGCAUGCAAGGCCCGCAACGUUUUCAAAUCCAUCGGCAGCACGCGGAUGAUUCAAAGUUGCCAUCCGCACACACGUGCUUCAAUCAACUCGAUUUGCACGAAUACAGCUCAAAGCAAAUCUUACGCGACAGGCUGCUGUACGCGAUUGUUGAAGGUUGUGAAGGCUUUGGCUUCAUUUAGAUUAGCGAUUAACAUAGAAUGUAACAACACUAAACAUGGAAUUUCAA